AUGAGCAGCCGUAAUCCUAACACGCUCAUGAGCGUGCCGGACGAGCAAUUCGAUUAUUUGUUCAAAAUCGUUUUAAUCGGUGACUGUGGGACCGGUAAAACAUGUAUAGUGCAAAGGCUCAAAUCGGGAAAUUUCAUAGAAAGACACGGAAACACGAUUGGCGUAGACUUUUCAAUGAAAACGCUCAUCGUUGAUGGAAAAAAGGUCAAGCUUCAGAUAUGGGAUACUGCUGGACAAGAAAGAUUCAGAACGAUUACUCAGAGUUACUAUCGCUCGGCAAACGGAGUUAUUAUAGUGUAUGACAUUACAAAACGGUCAACAUUUUUGUCCCUUCAAAAAUGGAUUGAAGAAGUAAGACGGUAUACAUCGUCAAAUGUCAUAGUAUCAUUGAUUGGAAACAAAUGUGACUUAACAGAACAGCGAGAAGUUGAGCCUGAUGAACCAAAGUCCUUUUGCCGUUAUAUACCUGAGAUCAUGUUUGUACUAGAGACUUCUGCUAAAGACAAUACGAAUAUAGAAGACACAUUCCGCAGUUUGGCUACAGAAUUAAAGAGGCAACAUGACAACAAUGAAGGUCCACCAGCAGAACCUGACUCAGUAAUUCUCGGUGAAAGCCACACCAUAGCCCGGUGUCAACCUUGCCGUUCAUCUUAGAUUUGACUAGGUAACUUGCCAUUAGUUGGUUUCUAAAGUCUCUAAAACAAACAACUAUCUUCUUUACCGUGACUGAGUAUACAAUACGGCCAGUUUCAUAUGACAAUGAUUGUAGUCAGGGAGUAUUCUUGAAGACACGUUACUAAGAGCCACAUCCCACAAGGGAUAUUCAAGAUCCAGAGUCGUAUAAAGUAUCUACUCCAGAGGUCACACACUGCUGCGGAAACAUUCGCGCUACUACCUAAGGCAUGGACUGGCUUAGGACUAUUUUACGUUUUUCACACGUGAAAAGGGCCUUACACAGCUUUAGAAUUAGUUUGAGCGAACGAUGUCGUAAACAGUUGUUGAAGACACAAUCGAUGCAUCGCGGUUGGGUUGCGCCAAUUCAUACGAUGCUUAAGUAGCGCUUGGGGUGAUAUGUACCUUUGUUUCACCACUAUGGUGGACCGUAACGUGUAUGGAUUACUUUACUUACUUACAGUCGCUAAUGGAGUUUACUCAGAAGGCAUAAAACCAAACCAUUUCACCCAUGUGAUUCAGGUUCAAACCUUAAUUUACUUAGCCUAGAGUCAAAUGUUAGAUACCUCAAUCGCUAACUGUAUGUAGGGUACUCAAUUAUUGUUAAAGGAAUCUCGAAGGUAGCAGAGUACUUAGUUGUAUCUGUGUAACAUUCAUAAAUUGAAAUUUAUUUAUCACAAAGAGCAGAACUACUUUAAAACUUAUGUAUUUUUUUGUUCAGUAUUUAUUUCAAGAAAAUAUUUUGAACUGCCUAAAGUUACACAGUUACCACACAAGUCAUAGUGAAUAAGUUAUUUUUUGUAAUCUACACUAGAAGAGCUAUUCUUAUGAGAGUACCCAAGAUAUAAUUUCAUCAAUUUCUUAAAGAUGAGGACAUUGUCUUGGUAGAGCAAUUCAUACGAAGUGUGUCACACUACAACCAACAUUGGAUUUAUAAAUAAUUAAGAUAAGACCUUUUCGCAACCUUGGCGUGUUAACUUAUGAGUCUAUAUGUAUAUCUUUGACAGUCGGUCGGAAGGUACCAAAUGUACAAAACGAUUUUCGCCGAAAUAUUAAUUAGGAAACUUUAUUCCGUCGAACUACACAUCAAGCUAUAUAAAGUAUUUUUAAUGCGAUACUGAAUUCAUGUAAAUAGUGUAAACAGUAAAUAUGUAUUGAACACUUAGAAAAUAAUCCUUCGAUUCGGUCGGUUUCUGACCGACUUUUUCUAAGCAAACUGUGUCAGACGCUAUGCCAAGUGUUCGAUCUUUGUUAUUAAUAAUUAUACAAACUAGUGGAGCAAUUUCACAAAAAAUAAUUGAAUGUCAUGGUAAUAAAACAUCGUAGCAUUAAAUAAAAACAUGUAUCUAAUCGUUGAAUAAUCAAGAAAUACCAUCCUUGAAGUUGAUGUGUUCAG